AUGACCAACCCCUCGACCGACAGGGCCACAGCAGCUCGACAACAAAGCGUCAUGGACCGCGAGGUUGUCAAGUUGCUUCUUGUAGGAGACGAGAAAUGUGGCAAGACAACCUUUUUGUCGCGACUCAGCGCCGGCGAGCACACAAACCCCAUACCGUUACUUCGAGAUAUUGAUCAGCCUUUCAUGUUCAACAUCAAUGUAGGCCGUAAUGAGUUUUGCCUCGAGUUCUCUGAUACAUCUUGCCCCGACAAUUGGCGGCUUCUCGACCCGGACGUCAUCAUCAUCUGCUACGACAUCAGCCAGCGGCUAAGCCUCAUUAACAUGAAGCGAUACUGGAUCGAUCAAGUCAAGAUGACGUUCCAGCGAGCUGACACACUGCCCAUUGUCAUCCUGGGCCUCAAGCGGGACUUGCGCUCUGAAAAAGACCCCAAUGGCAUCAUUUAUCCCCACGAGGCGUACCAAGCAGCGCAGAGUAUAAGAGCAGAUCGCUACGUUGAAUGCUCAGCCGUGACCGGCGAGCUGCUUAUGCUUGCGUUCGAGGACAUUUGCAAAACCGCCACCAAAACCGCCACGGCAGCCGGUGGUCAAACCGAGGGUGGCUGCGUCGUCCUAUGA